UCUUUUAUUUAUCUCUUUUAAAAAUUGCUGAUUUAGCGCAAGACAGACUGACCGUGUCACACGCGAAGUCAAGGAACGAAAUGUGAGGAGCAAGCUAUGAUGAUGAUGUGGCGCACGCGGAGAGGCAACUAAUGACGCCUAAAUAAAGGCGGCAAACAUAUUGGCAUUGGCUUCAAAGAAAGGGCAUUAUAGUAAUGUACACCCUAAUAUUCUGUUUGCCUGACUGAUAGGGCAACUGAAAUCGCUUACGAUCGACGCUUCAACAUCUGUUCUCUGCCGCAUCAAAAUCAAACCAAAAGCAUAAAUAAGCCACGUGAUCGGAAUCUGAAAAGAAUCGCAUCGGCAGGUAGCGAUGAAGAAGGAGGAGGAAAAUAGGGGUGGAUUAGAUCUGAGGGGCAUAAAUGAGGCAGAGAUAGCUAGUUACAUUCGCAACAAGAAGGAAUUACAAUUUAGAACGGUUUUGUGGGAGUUAUUGAAUGGUGAUCACUCCAAUCAAAACCCAACUAAAAAAUCUUCUUCUAGGCCGAAGAAGAAAAUAGCUGCUCUUCCUCCCAAGAAACCUAAUUUUAAAGACAACAAAAAGAAGACAUCUGUAAAGAGUAGUAAGGUUAACUAUGAUGCCUUGAAGAAAAUCCUGGAUGAUGAUGAUGAGCACCAAUGUACUGGAGGCGCUGGCGAUGCCAAUAGUAAUAGUAAUAAUAAUACUACUACUGGAGACCAAUUUCACGAUCACAAUCGCCAAGAGGAUGAUGGUUACAGAUAUACUGAUGUCGACCAUGAUGAUUUUGAAUUUUAAAUUUGUUAAUACGAGAUGUUUUUUUUUUGGAUUAUUAAUAUACUUUAUAUUUAUUUUUUUGUCGAUUUUGAUUGGGGGAUUAUUCAUUUAUUUAUUGUUUUUUCUUUUGUCAGUUUUGAAGCUCAUUCCGGGCUAAUUAUUAAUCUAUUUGUUUAUUUUAAAAUAAGCAAAAUUAAUCUAUUUGUUAA